GUUACCAGUUACGACCCAUUACGAACGUUCGCAUUCUUACUUUACAGCCCAACCGCUCCACGCUUAGUCAAUACAGCGCUUCUUCAAGGGUUCCCGGCAUCGAUACGGCGUGUCAUCCAGCCAAAGCACACGAGGCUCGCGGGCGGGUACUGUACACGGACGAAGACGAACACAUUCGACGUUUGACAAUUUACGGCCCCGAAUCCUGGUGCAAUCCCCAGGGACAUCCAUAGCCAUAAUGUUCUCACCAGCCUGCAGCAAAGUCUUUAGGGGUUGUCUACUGCAGCAAGCUCGACUGACUCCAUCACAACCUGCACAAAGACUGAGACUAUCCAAUUUCGACCCAUUAUGCCAUUCACAAGUGCGGUUCGCCGGACAUAACAAGUGGUCCAAAAUCAAACGCCUAAAAGGCGCCAACGACGCCCAGCGAGCCAAACAAAUGUCCAAAAUCACCCGCCAAAUAAUCUCCGCCGUCAAAGCUGGCAACAACGAAACCGACCCCUCUCACAACCCCUACCUUGCCGCCGCACUCCAACUCGCCAAAACUCACCAAAUGCCCAAAGCCACCCUCGACACCGCUCUCAAAAAGGCGUCGGGGUUCGGGACGGGCUCCGAGGAGGAUCUGACGCCCAGUGUGUAUGAGGGAAUGGGACCUGGCGGGGUGGCGUGUGUGGUGGAAGCGUUGACGGAUAACAAGAACAGGACGUUUGCGGAGGUGCGGCACGCUUUCACAAAGCGGGAGUGUAGCAUCACGCCGGUGAUGUACAUGUUUCGUAAAUGCGGGCGGGUCAUCUUCUCCGCCGGCAACUCAGGGCACUCAUUAUCCGAAAUGGAAGACUCGGCAAUUGACGCGAACGUCGAGGACAUCGCGACCAUUGAUGAGGAGGAUGGGACGAUGGAGGUGUAUUGCGCGGUGAAGGACUUGUGGGCCGUGACGAAGGCGUUAGGGGCAAGGGGAUAUGAGAUCAAGGAGUUUGAGACGGCGUAUGUGGCGGAGGAGAAGGUGAGCGUGGCGCCGGAGGAAAUGGAGGCGUUUGGGGGGUUAUUGGAGCAUUUGGAGGGGUUGGAUGAUGUUAUUAGGGUGCACCAUAAUGCUGCGUAGAUUAGAUGGCUGAUACAGUAGAUUGGGGUUGUUGCUGGUGUUGGUGGUGGUGGGAUUCGGUGUAGUUGAUGUGUACGUACAUUCCAGGCUGCACCGCAAUACAGAGUGAAUCUGCCCCCUGGAGAUCAGUAAACUGCCGGGGAUACCCAUCCCAGGGGGAUACCCCCGGUCUGUAACUGGGUCUGUAAGCAC